AUGACUAUCAACCACAAUUUCACCCUGCCAACCUCGGUGCAAGAGCUGCCUGUCAGCCCGGAUUCGAAAUUCUUUAUUGCCUUCGUCUCCUCACCAGAUCCCAUUACCAAACAGCCCUGGUGUCCAGACGUACGCGCUGCUCUACCAUUUAUCCACGAGGCUUUUGUUGGUGACGAUGCGCCAACCCUUGCUAUCGUCGAAGUUGGACAAAAGCCAGAGUGGAAUAAUCCUCAAAAUGUCUACCGCACAACUUGGAGCACUAAGAAUAUUCCAGCGCUAGUACGCUACCAGAAUGUUCAUGGAGAGGUUACCGAGACCACAAGGCUAGUGGAAAACGAGAUCUUGGACAAACAAAAGCUGCAGGCCUUCAUGGUCUAA